AUGGUAACAGGAGCCGUCUCCGUCUUCGCUUUUCUGUUGGCCAUUUCUGAUAUGCAGCACACGAAGUUCUUCUACACGGUCACAUCAGGAAUCUCAAGCUUCCCAGAGUUUGUAGCAGUUGGAAUGGUUGAUGGUGAGGUCAUCACUCAGUAUGACAGCAACACACGAAAUUGGGUUCCCAGGCAGGCAUGGAUGAAGGAGCAUCUGGAUCAGAAGUACUGGGACUCAGAGACCGAGCUGGCCAUGAUGGCUGAGGUGGCCCUCAAUGCUAGCAUGUGGAAUUUAAAAGAACGCUUUAAUCAGACUAUGGGAGUGCAUGUUCUCCAGAGACGGUAUGGCUGUGAGUGGGAUGAUGAGAGUAACGUCACCAGUGGCUAUGAGCAGUAUGGUUAUGAUGGAGAGGACUUCAUCACACUGGAUCUGAACAACAUGAGAUGGGUGGCUGUGAAACAACAAGCAGCCGUGACCAGAGACAAAUGGAACCCCUACGAGUCAAUUUUGAAUGGCAGGAAUCAGUACUUCACCCAGGACUGCCGUGAUUGGCUGAAGAAGUAUGUUCAGUACGGGAACAAUACUCUCAGAAGGAAAGUCGCUCCUGAAGUGUCUCUGAUCCAGAAGAAGUCAUCUUCUACAGUGGUGUGCCACGCCACAGGGUUCUAUCCAGCUACGGUGAAGAUCACCUGGAAGAGAGAUGGAGUAGAGAUGCAGGAGGAUGUGAAUAUGGAUAAGCAAGAGACGCUGCCCAAUGGGGAUGGAACCUUCCAGAAGAGAGCUGAGCUCACUGUGUCACCUGAGGAGAGAAAGAGAAGUCAGUACACCUGUGAGGUGGAACACAUGAGUGGAGAACCAACACUCAUCACCCUGACUGAGGAAGACGGUAAGAUUGUUCAGAGACCAGACACCAUCAGCUACUGA